AAAACUAAAACUAAAAGUGGUUUCUCUUAUACAGUAAUUGUUUGAUUUCAAUUUUCUCUGCUACUUCUUCUUCUUACUAGUACUACCUGAUCACACAGUAAUAGAUAGUAUCACCAAAUCCCUAAUUUCUCUCUCCUAAGUCCUAACUUUUGUUUUUUUUUUAAAUAAUAAUUUUAAUACUCCAUUUUUCCGCCAUGGAUGGACGGAUCUAGUUCUUGAAGAAGCUUAAUAUUUCUCUGUAUAGAUCUCCGAUUCCGAAAAGCACGAUUAUUGUCGUUAAGGCGGCGAUGAAAGUUCCGUGUUGUUCUGUGUGUCACACGCGAUACAACGACGAAGAACGAGCUCCAUUACUUCUUCAAUGCGGGCAUGGAUUCUGCAAAGAGUGUUUAUCGCGGAUGUUCAGUUCAUCGGUGGACAAUUCUCUCUCCUGUCCUCGUUGCCGCCAUGUAACCCUAGUCGGAAACUCAGUGUCGGCGCUUAAAAAGAACUUCGCUCUUCUAGCUUUAACCUCCGCCGGAAACUCAUCUUCUUCCGACGAUGAGGUGAGCGACGGUGAAAACGCUGAAAACGUGGAGAAUAAUCAUAAUAAUGAGUUGUCAUUAGAUGAGUUAUUGGAGGAGGAGGAUCGUCGUCGUCGGAGUUGGAGGACGGGAGGUUGUUCAAUGGAGGUGGCGAAUCAUGGUGAGGUGAAGUUAGUGCAGAGGAUAGGGGAAGGGAGGAGAGGAGGGGUUGAAAUGUGGACCGCAACGAUGGCGGGAGGGGGAGGGGGAAGGGGUGGUGGUGGGGUAAGAUGCCGGCAUAAGGUGGCGGUGAGGAAGGUGGCAAUAACGGAGGAGAUGGAUGUAAUGUGGGUGCAGAAUCAGUUGGAGGGUUUGAGACAGGCAGCAGUAUGGUGUAGGAAUGUAACUAGUUUUCAUGGGGUAACAAGGGUGUUGGAUAAUAAUUCACUUUAUCUAGUGAUGGAUAGGUGUUAUGGAUCACUUGAAUCUGCUAUGCAACGAAACGAAGGAAGGUUAACACUUGAUCAAAUUCUGAGGUAUGGAGCAGAUAUUGCAAGAGGUGUUGCUGAACUACAUGCUGCUGGUGUUGUAUGUAUGAAUUUGAAGCCAUCAAAUAUACUUUUGGAUGUAAAUGGUCAUGCUGUGGUUUCUGAUUAUGGACUUGCAGCAAUUUUAAAAAAGCCAAUAUGCAGAAAAGCGCGAGCACAAGGUGAUGGGGAUUCAUCAACAAUUCAUUCUUGUAUGGAUUGCACCAUGCUUAGUCCACAUUAUACAGCUCCAGAGGCAUGGGAACCUGUAAGAAAAUCUUUGAACUUGUUUUGGGAAGAAUCUAUAGGGAUAUCUGCAGAAUCAGAUGCUUGGAGUUUUGGAUGUACCUUGGUGGAAAUGUGCACUGGGACCAUUCCUUGGGCAGGUCUCAGUGCUGAGGAAAUCUAUCGUACUGUUGUCAAGGCUCGAAAAUUGCCUCCACAAUAUGCUAGUGUAGUUGGUGUCGGAAUACCCAGAGAGUUGUGGAAAAUGAUUGGGGAAUGCUUACAGUUCAAACCAUCUAAGCGCCCCACAUUCAGUGCCAUGCUAGCAAUAUUUCUUCGUCAUUUACAGUCACUGCCUCGAAGCCCUCCUGCAAGUCCUGAUAACGACAUGGAGCCAUGUGUCAGUACAAAUUUGAUUGAGCCGUCUCCUACAUCUGUCUUGGAGGUGUACCCAUAUAAUCCCAAUCAACUGCAUCGACUAGUAUCUGAGGGGGAUUUGAAUGGUGUAAGAAACUUUCUUGCCAAGGCUGCAUCAGGAGCUGGUAGCAGCGCAGUCUCUUCACUGCUAGAAGCACAGAACAACGACGGGCAGACUGCUCUUCACCUUGCCUGUAGAAGAGGGAGUUCUGAGCUGGUUGAAACUAUAUUGGGGUACAAAGAGGCUGAUGUAGAUAUCCUUGAUAAAGAUGGGGAUCCUCCGCUUGUCUUUGCUUUGGCUGCUGGAUCUCCUGAGUGUGUUCGUGCCCUUAUAAAAAGAAAUGCUAAAGUGGGAUCUAAAUUGAGGGAAGGAUUUGGCCCUUCUGUAGCUCAUGUCUGUGCGUACCAUGGUCAACCUGAUUGCAUGCGAGAAUUAUUGUUAGCCGGGGCUGAUCCUAAUGCUGUCGAUGAUGAAGGUGAAUCUGUUCUGCAUAGAGCUGUUGCAAAGAAAUAUACCGACUGCGCUCUGAUUAUAUUGGAAAAUGGGGGUUCUAGAUCAAUGGGUGUUCGGAAUUUAAAGAACAUGACACCCUUGCACCUCUGUGUAGCAACAUGGAAUGUGGCUGUUGUGAGAAGAUGGGUGGAGGUUGCUACAAUUGAGGAAAUAGCUGAUGCAAUAAAUAUACUGAGCCCAGUUGGAACAGCCUUGUGUAUGGCUGCAGCUGCUAAGAAAGAUCACGAAAAAGAGGGAAGAGAAUUGGUGCGGCUAUUACUUGCUGCUGGAGCUGACCCAACGGCCCAAGAUGCUCAACAGAGAACUGCUUUACAUACAGCUGCUAUGGCCAAUGAUGUGGAGUUGGUGCAGAUCAUUCUGAAUUCUGGAGUUGAUGUCAACAUUCGUAAUGCACACAAUACAGUGCCUCUUCAUGUGGCUUUGGCUCGAGGUGCAAAAUCUUGCAUAGGCCUGCUUCUGUCAGCUGGAGCUGACUAUAAUUUUCAGGAUGAUGAAGGUGAUAAUGCUUUCCACAUAGCAGCUGAUGCAGCUAAGAUGAUACGUGAAAACCUUGAAUGGAUUAUACAUAUGCUUAAAUGUCCAGAUGCUGCUGUUGAUCUAAGGAAUCACAGUGGUAAGACCUUAAAAGACUUCCUAGAGGUCCUUCCCCGAGAAUGGAUUUCUGAAGAUCUGAUGGAAGCACUUUUGAACAAAGGGGUUCAACUAUCUCCUACAAUAUAUGAUAUUGGCGACUGGGUGAAAUUCAAGAGGAGCAUCACAUCUCCAAAGUAUGGUUGGCAAGGUGCAAAACAGAAAAGUGUUGGUUUUGUGCAGAGUAUCCUUGACAAGGAGCAUCUAAUCAUAUCAUUUUGCACCGGAGAGGCCAAGGUUUUGGUGAGUGAAGUUUUGAAAGUGAUUCCAUUGGACAGGGGACAGCAUGUAAAACUUAAAGAAGACGUCAAGGAACCAAGGUUUGGAUGGCGGGGCCACUCACGUGACAGCAUUGGGACUGUACUAUGUGUUGACGAUGAUGGGAUAUUGCGUGUUGGGUUUCCAGGGGCCUCCAGGGGGUGGAAGGCUGAUCCUGCGGAGAUGGAGAGAGUAGAAGAGUACAAAGUUGGGGACUGGGUUCGUAUCCGUCCAUCUCUUACAACGGCCAAACAUGGCUUGGGUGCUGUCACACCAGGCAGCAUUGGUAUAGUAUACUGUAUUAGACCUGAUAGUAGUCUGUUGCUGGAACUAAGCUACCUUCCAAAUCCAUGGCACUGUGAGCCAGAGGAGGUUGAGCAUGUGGAACCUUUCAGGAUUGGUGAUCGGGUCUGUGUUAAACGCUCAGUUGCAGAACCAAGAUAUGCUUGGGGGGGUGAAACUCAUCAUAGUGUGGGAAGAAUAAGUGAGAUAGAGAGUGAUGGCCUCUUAAUUAUUGAAAUACCCAACCGGCCAAUACCUUGGCAAGCUGAUCCAGCUGACAUGGAAAAGGUGGAGGAUUUUAAGGUGGAGGAUUGGGUUAGAGUUAAAGCUUCAGUUUCUUCCCCCAAAUAUGGGUGGGAAGAUGUCAACAGAAAUAGCAUUGGAGUUAUCCAUAGCUUGGAGGAAGAUGGUGACAUGGGUGUUGCCUUUUGCUUUAGAAGCAAGCUUUUUAGCUGUUCCGUGACUGAUGUGGAGAAAGUGGCUCCUUUUGAGGCGGGGCAGGAGAUUCAUGUGCUGCAAUCUAUUUCUGUGCCACGACUUGGGUGGUCUAGUGAAUCUCCAGCUACAGUUGGGAAAAUUGAUAGAAUUGACAUGGAUGGAACAUUAAAUGUGAGAGUAGCUGGUAGAUCUAGCCUCUGGAGAGUUUCUCCUGGAGAUGCUGUGUGUUUGUCAGGUUUUGAAGUGGGUGAUUGGGUGCGAUCGAAACCUAUCUUGGGAACUAGACCAAGUUAUGACUGGAGCAGCAUAGGCAAGGAAGGUGUAGCAGUCGUCCAUAGUGUACAAGAUAAUGGAUAUUUAGAGCUGGCCUGUUGUUUCCGUAAAGGAAAGUGGCAUGCUCAUGACACAGACAUGGAGAAGAUCCCAAGUCUGAAGGUUGGGCAAUAUGUUAAAUUUCGUGCUGGACUAACAGAGCCAAGAUGGGGCUGGAGAGGUGCCAAUCCAAACUCUCGAGGCAUUAUUACCAGUGUUCAUGCUGAUGGAGAAGUAAGGGUAGCAUUCUUUUCCUUGCUAGGGCUAUGGAGAGCAGAUCCUGCUGACUUGGAGAUUGAGGCAGUGUUUGAUGUGGGUGAGUGGGUGAGAUUGAAGGAUGAUGCUGGAAACUGGAAAUCUGUCGAGCCUGGCAGUAUAGGGGUUAUACAGGGUUUGGGGUAUGAGAGUGAUGAAUGGGAUGGAAAUGUUUCUGUUGGGUUUUGUGGAGAGCAAGAAAAAUGGGUGGGGCCUAUAUCUCAUCUUGAGAAGGUUGAUAAGCUAAUGCUUGGACAAAAAGUAAGAGUAAAAUUCUCAGUCAAGCAGCCAAGGUUUGGGUGGUCAGGUCACAGUCAUGCUAGUGUGGGGACAAUAAUAUCAAUUGAUGCAGACGGCAAACUGAGAAUAUACACACCAGCUGGUUCAAAGGCUUGGAUGCUGGAUCCAUCAGAAGUCGAGGUGGUCGAAGAGGAGGAGAUCCAUAUCGGAGACUGGGUCAAGGUUAAAGAAUCGGUAACAAACCCAACUCACCAAUGGGGAGAGGUGUCGCCUUCCAGUAUUGGUGUGGUACAUCGCAUGGAGGAUGGGCAGCUUUGGGUGGCAUUCUGCUUCAUGGAAAGGCUUUGGCUUUGCAAGGCAUCAGAAAUGGAAAAAAUUAGGCAGUUCAGGGUUGGGGAUAAAGUGAAGAUUAGAGAAGGGCUGGUGGCCCCACGAUGGGGAUGGGGGAUGGAAACUCAUGCGAGCAAGGGAGAAGUAGUAGGGGUUGAUGCUAACGGAAAGUUGAGGAUAAAGUUUAGAUGGAGAGAAGGGAAGCCAUGGAUUGGGGAUCCUGCUGAUAUUGCUCUUGAUGAAACCUAGAACAGUGGAGAUGGUAACUACUGAAAUCAUGUCAUAGGCAGCUUAUGGAAGUUUGGCCUCUCAAGUUUUUCCGAGUGGUGAAAUUAUAUCCUGUUGCUGCCGUGCAUCAUCAAUACAUGCUCAUUAGCAUGUCAUUAGAAGGAUGAUUGUGUUGGCGGAAGUUAUUGUUAAUAAAGAGGAGAAUGGUUGAUGAGCAGGCAUUGACAUUGGCAUGGGCAGUGUGCAGUGGGCUCGUCUCACUGUUGUUGACUGGUACACACAUGAGGCUUCAGAGGGAAGUAGCAGUAUGCCAUUUGUAUUGCAUUAUUUAAUGUCAAUAGUGCCUUUUAGCUUCAGAGUAAAUAUAUAUAUACUGCAUAGAAUUGGUACUAAAAUUUUGUACAAAUUAGUUCCCAUGAUUUGAGUUAUUGGCCUUGUGUUGAUUUUGGUUUAAUAGUUUUUGUGCUUCUUGUACAAGACCAGAGACUGUAAAUGUUUUACAUGCAGGAAUUUUUCUACUUA